GUCCUCUCCAUCUCUCAACCAAUCCGCGCAUUGCUUGGAGCGAGGCCGCCGCGAUACGCUCGAAUUGUUGUGUCUCACGUACGGAGAGCUGUUCGCAUCUACCGCACGGUCGAACACGCUAUUAGGGUAUAAACACGGUGACAUGAACGCGUCAGAUGCGUUCACGUCUACCGUGGUGGGAUGCUCCUUUGCUUCAUUUUCUUCGGAGGCACUCUAGGGCAAAGCAUCUACUACUUCCGUCAGUUCACUCGUGACGGGCUCACUCUGAAGGGCCUGGUUGUCAGUCUUUUCCUUUUAGACACUGUGAAGGCAUUUCUCCACGCACAGUUGCUUUCGUACUGGUUUGUCAACCACCAUUCCGACGCUUCUAUACUAUUGUUACUUCCGUUGUCGUACACGGUCCACUUCAUCAUAUCCACAACAUGUGUGUUUCUCGUGCAAGGUCUCUAUAUCCGUAACAUAUGGGCUUUACUGCGAGGCCGGUGGUACCAGAACUAUGUUACGGGAGUGGGGGUUGCUCUGGCCACUAUAUCUUUGGCAUGCGGGCUCGUCGCAGCUCACGACAUUCUUACGAGCAUAAGCGACGUCGAAGCCAUUCAACGCGUCGAGGUAUCGGGUAGGAUCGAGGGUUACACGGCUGUUGCAGUCGAUGUUUACAUAACGGCCGUCCUUUGUUUCAUUUUCCACCGCGCUCGGACGGGGUACGAACCGACGGAGAACCUCAUCUUCAGGCUCAUGGCGUUCACCAUCAACCGAGGUAUCCUACUCUUUGUGAUCCAGCUGUUAGUGAUAGUCACGUACAGGCCUAACGGCACUCAAGCACUCGACGGGGUUUACUGCUUUGCCGGCACUCUGAACGUCAACUGCGCCCUCGCUACGUUGAACGCACGAUCUGGCAGAGGCGACCUGAUCGCAAGUCAACUGAGCAGCUUCGACGCUCACUCCGGAACGUCACCGGCCGGAGGCCAUGACGAGUCGACGGACGACUUGCACGAUAAGUUGCAACGGAAGGCGAGCGAAGAGAAGUAACAAUAAGGCUCCUAGCGAUAUAGAGAGGAAAGUACGAUAGGCAUCUAGCCUAGGAUAGUGGAUAAUGCGGAUUGGCCUCACCUCGACAACGUGCGCUGAUAGACGGCGGAGAGAGACUUUUGCGGUAGCCAUGUUGCGUGAAAGCCAGCCGGACGUCAGUGACCGUUACUCUAGGGAAAGUUCGUCUAAAUGUCUGUUUCCAGGUCGCCUCGUCUCCAAGUAACAAUUGCAAUAACACAGGCCAUCAGCCGGUGUCGGUCAGCGCAAGAAGCCCCGGGGUAGGCCUACCGACCGAGGAUGGAAGACAAGAGAGGAGACGGAGGUAGAGGACGGGACCACGCCGCGCGCAGAGGAAAGCGACUCGGAGGCACCAGCGUGCAGCCACAGUGAAUGGUACAGAAUAGGCGCCUUAACGUGAUCCCUCGGUGACAGGCCACAACAACUGCGCG